AUGCAUUUCAAGAGCAACUCAGACCUGGUUCACAACACUCUACCUUAUGAAGCUGUAGAAGAGUUCUGGAAAUGGUGUUCAGAUAUCAACUCCUCCGGGCUAGUCAUACAUUUACAUCCUUAUGGAGGAAGAAUGAAUGAGAUAUCAGAAUCAGAAACCCCAUUUCCACACAGGAAAGGCGUGCUAUAUGAGCUACUACAUGUAGUGAUGUGGAUGGAGGAUAAAGAUGGUGAAUCUUUAGAGAAUUACUACAACAAAUGGAUCAGAGGAUUGUACGAGUUUAUGGCUCCUUAUGUGUCAAAACGGCCAAGAGGUGCUAUUGUCAAUUCCAGAGACCUUGAUUUGGGUUCCAAUAAUGUCAUUGGCAAUAGCUAUUCUAUAGCUCGGGUAUGGGGAUCCAAAUACUUCAAGAAUAAUUUUAAGAGCUGGCACUUAUUGAAGGUAUAG